AUGGCGGGACGAAGACGCCGGAGAUACAACUUGCUUCGAAACAGGCCCUCAAAAAGAGUCAUCCGUGACCACCUUAAUCCCUUAGAGAUAUAUAAUGACGACGAGAUUUUCGAAAGAUAUCGGUUUCGUCGGGCAACAGUUCUCUAUCUGCUAGAUAUGAUCGGCAGAAAUCUGCUCCAAAGUACCAAAAACAAUGCCUUACCUCCGCUGUUGCAGCUCCUUGCAUGCCUAAGAUUUUUGGCCACUGGGGCAUAUCACAAGCUUAUAGGCGACAGUAUGCAUGUAUCUGAGUCCACUGUUGGGAGAUGCUGUCGUUCUGUGACAGAUGCAAUCCUUGGUAUUCGAUGGCACUUUAUCAGCUUCCCCAGAGAUGAAAAGGCACGGCAAACAAAACAAGAAUUCAUCAAAAUAGCUGGUUUCCCAAAUGCCCUUGGGUGUGUAGAUGGCACUUUCGUUAGAAUUAUAGCUCCCUCUAAUAAUGAACAGGAUUUCGUUAACAGAAAAGGCUAUCACUCGCUGAAUGUACAGAUGGUUUGUGAUGCCAAGUUCCGCUUUACAAGCAUUUGUGCCAGCUGGCCUGGAAGCGUACACGACAGUCGGGUCUGGCGGGAAUCUGCACUUUGCCAACAAUUUGAGAGAGGUGAACAUAAUGGAUUUUUACUGGGUGAUUCUGGAUACCCCUGCAGGCGGUUUUUGAUGACACCAUACUUUAACCCACAAACCGAUGCACAACAAAGAUUCAACGCCUCCUUAUGCCGAACGAGAGUGCUCAUCGAACAGAGUUUUGGUAUUCUUAAACGACGGUUUUCGUGUCUGCAAGGAACUCUGAGAGCGACCCCGGAACAGGCUGUGUCUUAUGUGGUUGCCUGUGUCAUUCUUCACAACUUGGGAAUCCAGACUGGGGAUGUGAUGGACGGUAAAGACCAGCCAGCAGAAGCAUUCAACCCCCACGCUCAUCAUGUUGCAUGCAACUCUCAAGAGGGCAGUCAGAUGAGGGAUUACAUUGCACACACAUAUUUUGCGUAG